AUGUUGUAUGCAAUAUCUUCACCGAAAAUUUGUAUUUCUACUGUAUCUUAUCCGAAAAUUGGAACCCCAUGUCUUCCUCGAGGGCAGUUGGCUUCAACUAGGCUUCGCGCAUUGGCUUCAUUACCAGAACCAAAUGGGGAUAAAAUUGAGUACACUCCAUGGCUGAUUGUUGGCUUGGGGAAUCCAGGAAAUAAGUACCAUGGAACCCGGCACAAUGUUGGGUUUGAAAUGAUUGACCGCAUCUCUCAAGCAGAAGGCAUUUUGAUGAAUACCAUACAGUCAAAAGCAUUGAUUGGGAUAGGUGCUUAUUUUGCCUUUUUCCAAAAGUUUGCAAUUCCCUUUACCUGA